AUGGGUACUAAGUACGGCAACCUGGUGGAGACGCUUGUCACCAUCGACCUGGAACGACCAGCGUGGGAGCAGGAGGGCCUGCACAACAGAUGGCAUCCCGAGAUCCCCUGCUACAAAAAGAUGAAACAGAACAAAGCGUACAAAAUCGAGUGCUACGACUGGACGGGAGGCCAGGUCGGGAACAACGACUCUGCCGAUGACAUCAAGUAUUGCGACCUUACAAAAAUCCAUUAUUUGUCUGGGCCUUUUGAGGUGGAAGGCGCUGAGAAGGGCGACGUUCUGGUGGUGGAGAUCCAGGACGUCCAACCUCUCGAAAGACAGCCUUGGGGAUACUGCGGGAUCUUCGCCAAGGAGAACGGGGGUGGGUUUCUGGACAAACACUAUCCAAAGGCUGCCAAGGCCGUGUUCGACUUCGAGGGCAUCCACUGCUCCUCCAGACACAUCCCGGGCGUCCGUUUUGCUGGCCUUGUCCAUCCAGGAAUUAUUGGAACCGCUCCCAGCCACGAAAUCCUGGCAGAGUGGACCAGAAGAGAGACAGAGCUCGUGGAGUCUAACCCAGACGCAGACUUCGUGAUGGCCAACCUGCCAACGGAACAGAACGCCUACGCGGGUGCUUGCGGCUUGGAACUGCAGUCCAAACUGGCACAAGGAGGAAGAACCAUACCGGGCCGUCCUGAAAACGGUGGCAACUGCGACAUCAAGAACCUGUCGCGCGGGUCCAAGGUGUACUUGCCGGUCAACGUGGACGGAGCCAAGCUGAGUGUCGGGGACCUGCAUUUUUCCCAAGGAGAUGGCGAGAUCUCGUUUUGCGGAGCAAUUGAGAUGUCCGGGUCCAUCACGCUGAAAUGCUCUGUUCUUAAAAAAGGCAUGUUCAAGCUCAACAUGAAAAGUCCCAUGUAUUUGCCUGGACCAGUAGAAAACCACUACGGCCCAGGCAGAUACCUCACGUUCGAGGGCUUUUCUGUCGACGAAGACGGCAAACAACUGUGUUUGGACACGACGGUCGCAUACAGACAGACAUGUCUCAGGGUCAUUGAGUAUCUCAGAAGAUACGGCUACAAUGACUACCAGAUCUAUCUGCUGCUGUCCUGUGCGCCAAUCCAGGGCCACAUCGCGGGAAUCGUUGACGUGCCAAAUUCGUGCACCACCAUUGGCUUGCCGAUGGAUAUUUUUGAGUUUGAUAUUUCUCCAGAAAAAGAUGUCGUCAAGCGCGAUCUUGGAAACUGUGCUUUCGCCAACGAUGAUCUCGAAAAAGGUUUUCCGUUGCAUGGCGAACUUCCAAAUUUUCUUUUGGACAAUAUCACUAAAUAACAUCUUAUCGAUCAAACGUCAGGUACCAGUAAGAUUCUGCCCAGUAGCUGUUGUCCCGUUGGACGACCGCCUUUUUUGCAACCAUCCAGUCUAGAACAAGCUUCAGCUCGAACGGCUCGUACAAAGGACUAAACCGCAGACAAAGCAGACGGAACGUCACACCGGGGCGGAAAACUAUGCAUCGCAAAAGCGAGCACACCGUCUUGAACCAAAUCUCCACAUUGAGGUCCCCAUUGAGGUCGAUCCAGAGACGCGAGCACGGCGACCCGCUUGGAGGAGCCACUGGCUUCAAAUCUAUCGCCGUGUGCAUGUCGUGCAAAAUAAAAUCGCUCUCGAGCUUCGUCUUGUCCUGGCUCUUGGUGGAGUAGUUGUCGAUCAGUAGUGGCGGGCUCUGGUCGAUUCGCGUAACCUUGAUUUCGCCCUGGGCCAUCAUAUUUAUCAGGGGAGCAAAACAACUAUCUGGCGACAAGGGAGACAAAAUGAUUCCCUUGUUGUUCAAAGUUGCUGUUUCCAUCAUCUCCACGAAACCAGCACACUGGUCAAAAAACGUCCGUGUGAACUUCCAGUCGAUCAGAGACAUGAUUUUCUCGGUCAGAGUGAACUUGAUUGGCGAGUCUUCGCCCAAAUAGGCAAUCACCUUGUCGUCCUCCAACUCUGCCAGAGCCUUUGCAUAGACAUCCUUUUCGGUCGAAGAAAACACCUUUUUGGCUUCUGCAGACGAAAACUUGUCUGGUCCCGUUGCAAACAGGGCCUUCAGCUUGGUCUUUGCUUCUUGGACGCCCGUAGGCUCCAGGCUCGGCUCCUCAGAAACCAGCGGAUACGUAAACAUCGCCCGCGCACACUGCUCCUCGCGCUCAAUAAUAGAAGUGCCUUCUCUGAACACAUCCAGUCCACGCAGGUCAGUAUCGGACCGCCACCGGUGCUCCUUGAAAUUCUCAGAGUAGUUGCGGUAAAGAACAACAUCGUGAGUAUUUUCAAACGAAUCUGCAUCCACAGACCUCCACAGAGAAAUCAUCCCAUUCAAGUCGUAAUCCAGCAGCUCCUCCUCGCCAAUAUCACCAUUCGUGAUGGCUGACAUCAAAAUUCUCUCCCACGUCUUCCUGGACAGCUGUAAAGCCCUGAUUCCAAUUGCACGUUUGUGGCGAGGCCAUUGUCGUCUCAAAACUUCAGAAGUGUACUUGUCCUGGAAAAGAGCAGACACCUUGGCCCAAUCGAUGGUGUUGGCCGGCGACAGUGAUUGCGAGAUGGUGAUUGCACGGACUAGGACCAUGACGUCCUUGCUGCUCAGACGUGUGUUAUUCCGUGCGCGUUUCGUUGGAGCUGUUGAGGCCGCUGGUGUUUUUUGACGUGUGGAGACUUUCUUUCUCUUUCUUGAUUCCAUCAGCGGAGCAAGCAGGUCCUCGUCGUUGGAGUUACGGGGCCGUUUUUUCUUGGACUCGGCGGGUUUUUCUGCUGCUCGAAGACGAACCUCCACUCUUUUUGCGGUGUCGAGACCUUUUCUCUGGUUUGACUUGCGAAGCUGGGAUAAACGCUGAGACGGCAUCUCGAAAAAGUGCGAAUCGUUGGCCUUGAAAACGGGGCGCGUGGGAGCCGAGCUCAGUCGUGGGUUGACAGACCCAGUUUUGGAGCUGACAGAAUGGGCAAUGGCGUCGAUAUCGUCCUGUGACGGCUUAUUUGUCACUGAACAGAGGACAGUGUGUGUGAACGAGCGAAUCGAGCUUGGCACCUCUUUCACCGUGAUCAGAUUCUGUCUUUGCAGCACUGCCGCAUCUUUCUUGACAGUCCGGCGGUCAACCAGAUAGUUCACAUUCAGAGCAUCCGACACCUUCUUCGUCAGGUCCAUAUUGAGAGCAAUGCAUUUGCUUUCGUCAAUAAUAUGAAGCAGCACAGAGCGACGUUUGUCAGGGCCGAAAUCAAUAUCAGCAUCCGGAAGAGGCUGCGGUACGUACGUCUCUGCCUUUGGCACAAACUUGGCGGGACUCUCGAUACGUCCCUUGUGCUCGUCAAAGUGUCUUCCUAUAAUCGGUUUUGGCUGGCCAAUCCGCUGUAUUUUCUUGGAUAUAGCGAUCUUCAGCGUGUCGUCGAUAACCAGCUGCUUUAUCUUGUUCUGCUUGGAAACGAGGCUCUUCAAAACAGGCCCCGAGUAGCCAAACCAGCAAAAUUUGAAUGUUUCGCUGCUGAAGAAAACUAGUGACACGCGCUUUGGAAAUGGGUCAAUAUAGUGGCUAGCACUGAUCUCUGCUAUUGUCUGUGUAUUCUCUUCUGUUUUUGCAAACUCUAGCCGUGGUUGCUCGACUUGUUGGCCUUGUCUUUUUAGGUAUUCAGACUGGAUCAUGUGACAAUAAUAACGGGCCUUCCCGUCCUGAUGCAAAUAGCGUAUCACGGCAUUGGGUUCCGCAACAGGGGUGUCAAAAACGUACGAGCCAAUGUAGUUGCCGAACGACUUCACAGAGAGGUUUCCGGUGAUACAGGUGUUGAGUUUUUUGGUGGAGAUUCCGGGACUGGCUUUAACAGUGUCAAAAAUCUGGUUUUGGAGAGGAAAGAACGGAUUGUAUGUUGGAACCUCGUCCGUGUUGCUCUCGAAAACCGAGCCAAAAAGCUCGUCCUGAUCAUCCUCGCGGUCCUGGCUCAGCGAAGCCAGCUCAGAUUUCAGUUCCUGGCGUGCAUCCAGUGUUUUGGGAAGCUCCUUGAGGAACUGCAGCCCCACAAACUUGCGUCCGGACGACUCGUGUUCGACGUUUAUUUUGCACGCGUAGCCCAGCAUCACGAGGUUGCGGAUGGCCUUGGCCAGCAUUCUGCGUUCUUUCUUCGAGGUCAGACGCAGCUCGCGUGCCAGGUCGGACGGAACACGAACCCCAUUUGGGGCAUCCUGCAGCGACUUCAUCACAACGCCCAUGAGCUCAAAACUAGUUCGCAGAUUUGCAAAUGAGAACUGCUUUUCGUACUUUGUGCUCACAAUGACAUACGAGUUGGCAGAGUCAAUAACUGCCGGGAACUUUUUCACCACACCAAGGUCUUCCAGAGUCUGCAAUCGGGACGUCAGACUGCGACGGUCCUGACCAGACUGUCUGAUCAGUUCCAUUGACGUGAUUCCAGCUUCUUUAGCUUUUGUAAUAUAUCGCAAUAAUUCGUAAGGAAAAUAACCCAGGUUAUUAUUUUCUUUCUUGACCCCCAGCAGAAACAAAGACUGUCGAUCAUCAGUAACGCCCACACAAAGUUUAUCCUCGCCAUACUUUUCCACAAGGUCCACCAGACUCAUCUUCUUGUCGACUGUCUCUGUUUUGUAGGUUGUUUUGCCGCUUUUCUCCUUCGUGGCGGAGAUAAUAAUAUACACC